GGGGUGAGCACAUUCAGCCUGGCCUGCCCUGUCCUCUUCCGUCAUCCCCAGGCAGAUUUAGCUGCUGACAGCUGCUUGGGACACUGCUGCCAGGCCCUGGCCCAGACCGUCGCCUCUCCUUUCUCUCAGUGACUCCGGUGCCACAGCCCCACCAUGGCCCAGAAAGAAGAGCCCGCUGCGGCCGCGGCGCCUGCCUCCCAGAAUGGCGAGGAUCUAGAGGACCUGGAUGACCCAGAGAAGCUGAAGGAGCUGAUUGAGCUGCCGCCCUUUGAGAUUGUCACAGGGGAGCGGCUGCCUGUCAACUUCUUUAAGUUCCAGUUCCGGAACGUGGAGUACAGUUCCGGGCGGAACAAGACCUUCCUCUGCUACGUGGUCGAAGCGCAGAGCAAGGGAGGCGAAGUGCAGGCGUCCCGGGGAUACCUAGAGGACGAGCACGCCGCUGCCCAUGCAGAGGAAGCCUUCUUCAACACCAUCAUGCCCGCCUUCGACCCCGCCCUGCGGUACAACGUCACCUGGUAUGUGUCCUCCAGCCCCUGCGCAGCCUGCGCUGACCGCAUCGUCAAAACCCUCAGCAAGACCAAGAACCUGCGCCUGCUCAUUCUGGUGGGGCGACUCUUCAUGUGGGAGGAGCCCGAGAUCCAGGCUGCCCUGAAGAAGCUGAAGGAGGCUGGCUGCAGACUGCGCAUCAUGAAGCCCCAGGACUUCGAGUACGUCUGGCAGAAUUUUGUGGAGCAAGAGGAGGGCGAAUCCAAGGCCUUUGAGCCCUGGGAGGACAUUCAGGAGAACUUCCUGUACUACGAGGAGAAGCUGGCGGACAUCCUGAAGUAGGCGACUGGGCUCAGCCUCACGUCUGCCUGCCUCCACCGAGACACAGCAGUGACAUGUAUCGCCAUCUGGGACGUGCCUGACUUCCUAAUACCACUUGGAGCCAGACAACAUGUGACACCAACCAAUCCUACCGCACAAGGCCCUCCGAGGACUCAAAAUACACUUCUCAUGCUGUAAAUCGUUUAAGCCGUGCCUCCCUCUCUAAGGCUGCUCCUGGGAAAGAGGAAAGUGAGUUGCAAAGGGAGAAAUGGCAACCAUAUAUGGGCACCGGGCAUCGUGGGGCUGAAGGUCCUAAUUAUGCCCCAAAUGGGCUGCUUAAGAUGAAGAGCCUCAGACCGAAGUUCUGCCAGAUCUUUGAAAUAUGUCCAGAAAUACAUUUUAUGUUAAGUUGGUUUUUUUUUAAGAAAGAAAAACAGCAACAUUAAUAAAAGAAGUGGUGUGGCUUUUCUGUGA